UGUAUGUGACCCUACUCCGGUGUAGAUCGCCUACCCGCCCGGACUUGCUGUGAGCUGUGUCGGCUGGAACCUGCUGAACCUGAAGCAAAAUGGACGAUCUUCCUUUAGAGCUGGUUUUGGAGCUCGGCAAACAUCUGGCAGCCCCUGACUUGGUCUCUUGCUGCGCCGUCAGUAGACACUGCAGAUCCAUCUUCAACCAAGACGUUUUGUGGAAGCGACACUGCCGUCAGGACCUAGCAGAGUACUUGAGGACUACUAGUUGCAUCGUGGAACCGGUCUUCGUUAGUCCCGAGCCAGAGUCCAGCACGUUGGAUCCGAUCUGUGAUUGGUGGCUGGCCUACAUGCGGGAGAAUCAUCUCUGGAACAACUGGCGCACCGGCAACUACAAGUCAGAGGUCUUCUUGAAUCGUCUGUAUGAAGAGUGCAGAGUCGUGAUCCCUCCGUCUCAGAGCGAUAGGGUACAGUACGAUUGGAAUUUCCACGCGGACGUAUUUCGGGAUUACCUAGCGCUGCUCUACGAGGAACGGAUCGAGCUUUGGGACAUGACCGCGGACCCUGCUGUCAGAAUAAGUGUUUCUAAAUACUACCUCCCUUCCUUUGUUUUUAAGUCAUUUAAGUGUGUUGGCAAAAAUUUAGACAUCAUAGUCUUCAAUUAUCUUACAGGCACGCAGGUGUUCCGGUUAAAUGAGGUUACAAAGAACAUCGAAUUGCAACACAUGUUUUACUUCGACGAAGAUGAAGAGCUCUUGAUCCACACAGAAAGUCAAGCAAGAGCUAUGUUCGAGUUCCAACACAUGCAUCCGCUGCCGUCUAUUGCGAUCGUGGGAUCCUUAUACUUGGGCGUUAUAAGAGGGACUUCAAGAAACCUACACGUUUGGGACUUGGAGACGGGUAAAAAACUGAAGGAGGAACCGUGUCCGAGGGAUAUACCAAACUCUUUCAUCCAAAUCGGUAGCUCCUCGACUAGCGAAGACGUUAUUCUGGUAGUGACACAAGUAGGUAGAGGACGUGUGAACAGACGUAUGUCAGAUGUUCAAUCAGGAGAGAGCAUAGAUGUGCUCGAUUACCAUUUUUACAUCUACAGUCCAAAACGUCUCACUUUCUUACCCUUCACCAAAUCAUGUAUUGCAUGUAGAGGAUACGCAUGUGCUAUUCACAGGCAGUACGUGGCAAUCUGUGAGGGGAUCGAUUUAAACAUCUUCAACUACGCAAAGUCAGAGCUAAUAUACACCAUGACAAUCUUCCUUACCGGUAUAGAUGUCGUCGACAAUGGAAUCGUAUUUGUCGAUAGAUCGAGGUUCCGAUUGUUCAAUCCGUCUGUAAAUCCUCCCGCACGAGAACUCACGUUACAUAAUGUCGAACUUCUUUAUUUCAAACUUAUUUGCGGAAACUUCUUGCUGUUCCGGAAGGACGAGAUGGGUGUCCCUACGGAACUCUGGGAGGCGGGAAGAGUCCUAAGGAGAACUCGCACAGAGUUGCCAAAAGAGAGCGAUACUACGAGGGCCAAUAAAACUUGCACUAAGCUUGUGGUAAAGGAGGAUAUCAUGGUGGAUCGGAGACUGGUUGUCACUAUUAGACACUUUUGGUAGAAGAGAAAUCACAGUUGUUAGUUCUACAGUAACUGAUAAUGAUUUUUAAAUGUUGCUGUUUAAAGUAACUGAAUUGUAAGAUGAAGAUUUUUGUUAACUAUAUUAUACCAGCUAUUGUCUAAUGAGCUAUCUAAUUCACAGUUGUUAUUUGUUCCACAGUCAUCGAUAGUGUAUUUUAAAUGUUGCAGUUUAAAGUAAUUGAACUGUAAGUAGGAUACUUGUCAAGUAUAUUAUAGACGUUAUUGCCUAAUGAGCUAUCUAAGUCACAGUAUGUUGUUGUAUCUAAAAAUAUUUAAAUAAUUUUGUAUUUGUUUAUGUUUUAAAAUAUUUUAAAAUAAAAUUGUUAUGUCUA